CCAGCUGACAGACAGGGCUGGGGGCGGUGCAGGAGUAGGGGCUGUGUAAGCAGAAGGGCGGCUCCUGAGAUCGCAAGGGAAGAGCUCAGUACAUUGAGCCCAUGAGAGGAAGGCUGCCUCCUGCAUGUGCUGAGGGGAAAGCUGGGGAGAGGGCAGGGGGGCCCUCGGAUGGAAGGAGCUACAGGACUCCCCUGUGUCUGGAUAUGGGUGGGCAGCAUGAUGCUACUGCUGGUACUUACUGUGCCCACUGCCAGAGGCAAUGGAAAUCAGUCCGACCAUCUCAGAAACAUUGCAGAACAUUCAGAGAUGAUAGAACCCCGCUGGCUGGGGGAGCCCUUUAUAGGAAAGGAAGCUGGAGGCAAGUACCCGGCCCAUGCAGAGCUGCUGGUCAGAGCGGAAGGUCAAGAUCUCAUCCUUUCCUUAUACAGAAACGAGCUGCUUAUCCAUCCAAACUACAGAGAAACCCAUUACAGUCUUAAUUAUACCCGUGUUGUCCGGACUCCGAACAUGACGGAACAUUGCUAUUACCACGGCACUGUACAGGGGCAGGACAACUCUAGCGUGGUUAUCAGCAUAUGCUCAGGAAUCAGGGGACUUAUAACUUUAAGCAAUAACUUGAGUUACAUUGUGGAACCAUUACCGGGGGAGAAUGUGAGACAUGUCAUCUAUAAAGCUGAACAUCUGGGCCUUAGUGGGAGAUGCUACGGACAUUCCAUCCAGUUAGAGGAAAAGCUCCCCAUUCUCACCAGCGGUGCGUCUGUGCAUGGUACAAGGGUGAGGAGAGAGGACGUGGAGGGAGAGCGAUGUGUGGAACUGUACCUGGUGGCUGACUAUGCAGAGUUUCAGAAACACGACUUGGACUUGGGAGAGACUCAGCGCAAGAUGCUGGAGGUCACCAAUUAUAUAGAUAAGUUUUACAGGGCUUUGAACAUUCGCAUCGCUCUAGUGGGGCUGGAGGUCUGGACAGCCGGAGAUAAGUGCAACGUCUCGGAAAAUCCCUACAGCACCCUGCGCACUUUCUUGUCGUGGAGGAGGAAACUUCUGCUGCAUACCCCCCAUGAUAAUGCCCAGCUCAUUACGGGGCGCUCUUUUUAUGGUACGACAAUUGGACUGGCUCCUCUGCAGGCCAUGUGCUCUGUGUAUCAAUCAGGAGGAGUGAAUAUGGAUCACUCUAACAAUGCAAUUGGUGUAGCCGCUACCAUGGCCCAUGAAUUAGGGCAUAAUUUUGGGAUGAGCCAUGACGCUGAGGGAUGCUGCACGGCCAAACCAGAGGAUGGAGGUUGUAUCAUGGCAGCUGCUACAGGACAUCCCUUCCCUAAAGUGUUCAAUGCCUGUAACAGACUGGAAUUGGAUCGGUUCUUCCGCUCCGGGGGAGGGAUGUGUCUCAGUAAUACACCAGACACCAAGACCCUGUUCGGGGGGCCACGUUGCGGUAAUGGGUUUUUGGAGGAAGGCGAGCAAUGUGACUGUGGAGACCCAGAGCAAUGCGAUAACCCAUGCUGCAAUGCAACCACGUGUACACUGAUGCCGGGGGCAGACUGCGCACAUGGGUCCUGCUGUUUGCGGUGCAAACUGCGGCCACCUGGGUUUCCAUGUCGGAAGCCAUCCCGACCCUGUGACCUGCCUGAGUUCUGCACCGGACACUCUGCUGUUUGUCCGUCCAACUCCUUCCAGCUGGACGGGACCUUGUGCCAAGGAGUCCAGGCUUUCUGCUACAACGGGAGGUGCCUUACCCACCAGCAACAGUGCCAGCAACUCUGGGGAGCGGGCUCACGGGCAGCUCCGGAUCUCUGCUUUGAGCUGAUCAAUGUAGCUGGGGAUCAGUAUGGCAACUGUGGCCGGGACAUCAGUGGCAAAUACAAGAGCUGCGAAGAAAGCGACAGUCCAACCAAACAUGGCACCGAUUCUACCUCCAAACAAAGACCGCAAGUGUCCGCACAUCCCAAGAGCCCCCCAAUUCUUUAUUCCAACCUGAAAGUAGAAGAGAGUCAGUCCGUUGCCAGGCAGCGACACCAGGAGCAACCUGAGGGCGGGGCUAGUGCUAUCAAUCAUCAUCCCAGCCAAAGCCUCAAGGCCGAAGCUAAUAAGAUUCAUAUUGCUGUCAGUCAUCUUCAACAGGGAGGAGCUACAAAGACUGGAUAUGCAAUGAGGACACCGCCUCCAAAUAGACCAGCUCCACCCCCUCCCACUCCAAAGAGAUCAGAGCGACCCAGAAGAUUACCCCCACCGCUACCAGUUCCUCCCAGCCGCAUCAGAAGAAAAGCAAUGGAAUCAACACUUGAAGGCCCAGAGGGCAGCACGUGACAGUACCUCUCACACCCACCACAAUGCUCCUCGGGGGCAGGGACUUUCCCACCAGAGGCAACAAUGUUUCUUUGCUUGUUACCCUCCUGCUACAGGGGGUGGAGGGCAUUACUGUAAAGGAAGGUAUAAAUGUGGUAACAAUUGAUGUGACCCAAUGCCAGUGGUGAAAAUAGGCAGGUUUUAAACAGAGCUGUCUUACCUUCCCGUUCUGGCUGGAAUAAAUCAAAGAUGGCCGUGCAUUCCACCUGUGGAACGCACGGCCAUCUUUGAUUUUUUUCAUUGACGUUUCCCUGAGGUGGAAGAGAGAGAGAGACCAGCAAAGUUAGAAGAAAAGUGUGGUAUUCAUCUUGGUGAGGUGAUGCUUUUAAUCUAUCAAUGAUGUGCCUAGAGGCCAUGUCUGCAGUCAUUUUACUGGCAAGUCUGGAGUUAAUGGAGUGAUCAUUGGACAUAUUUGCAGUGGUCUUUCUGGCAAGUCUGGGAUUUAUUUUGUAAGUGUUGAAAGGUAUACACGUGCUUCAUUAGUUCUCCGAGGUAGAGGAGGCCCCCAUGUUUGUCUGCAGGGGGCCCCCAAACUCUAGUUAUGCCACUGCCCAAUGCACUCCUGGGAGAAGGACCUGUGGUGGGUCCUUAUACCCCUCAGGCCUAAUGGAUUGGGCUUCUCUGUUAUUCUGAGGUCUCCAUCCGAGAUGCAAUAACUGGAAUAGUCGAUUCGUCUUUUUAAUCUUUGGUUUCCUCAAUAAUUCCCCAGUUCUUCUACAGUUUAUGACACCGAAUAUUGAGUCGCUGUGGUUUCACUCUUGCCGUAAACAAGAAUAGGAAACACUAUGACCAUGGAGAGCACUCGGGUGCCAGUGAACAUUUCUGAGCUCAGUCCAGUCCUAGAAAACAUUUGUGGGGUGGCAAUUCUUUUAGGGAUGCACCGAAUACAGAAUUCGGUUCGGGUUUCAGCCUUAUUCAGCAGGAAUCGAUAUGGACAAAUCCUUCUGCCCGAAUCAUAAUUUGCAUAUGCAAAUUAGGGGAGGGAAAUCGCGUGACUUUUUGUCACAAAACAAGGAAGUAAUAAAUGUUUUCCCCUUCCCACCUCUAAUUUCCAUAUGCAAAUUAAGAUUCGGAUGUGGUUCGGUAUUCGCCCGAAUAUUUCACGAAGGAUUCGGGGCUUCGGCUGAAAUCCAGAAUAAUGGAUUUGGUGCAUCCCUAAUUUCUUCAUCUCUGCUGAUAUUCCAAGUCGCCGUUAUGCCGAGUUUCAAGGUUCCCAAGGGCCAUCGUCCCCUUUUUUGGGACACGGCAAUAUUUGUGAUAUGGCAAGAUGUAAGGACACUAUCAGUAAAAUGCAGCGAUUAGCAUGGGAAAGUCGCUUUUAGGACAAAAAAAUAAUCCCAGCCCCUCCCCUUAUAAUGGUCAGGUGGUUGCUAUGGGUUACUAGACCUAGAAUAAAUCUGUUUAUUUCAGUUCAGAUCAGUUAAUUACCCCAAUAAGGUCAUGUUACUUUACUAGUAAUGGACAAAAAUGAUUCUUUUAUUUCUGCUCCUAGGGCCCCCGUUAGAUUAAAUGGGGCCCCAAUUAGAAAAAAAUCCUCAUCUAUAGAGCACUUUGCCAAAGCGCUUGUUUCACCCCAAGACACCCAUAAACAGCUAAAUAUCACCCCUUUCUCCACCUUCAUCGCAGCCAAAUGGGUCUGGAUUUCAGCACAAAGACCUGAAGGAGGAUUUGACCCGGUUCCUACAUCACACUGGAACCUGUUGGUACCACUUUAAGGCUGGGAAUCUCUGAGCUGUACAAUAAAAGUUUUUUUUGUGCCUCAGUCUUUCUUAAAGGCAAAACACAUAUCCUGUCUGAAAUCUGAACUGAUUCUCCAUUUGUUUUCCAAGAACACAGCGAAUUACAUACCCUCAACAUUCCUCCUCUGCUUCUCAACAUAUGAGUAGGUGCUGCCAAGUUGAUUGCCUGUCUGCAAGGAGUCUGUGUAGGUCUGUGUAUGUUUACUCUCACUCUCCAAAAACAUACAGGUUUAUUCUCUCCUGAAUAUGAUAUCCUGUGAUAGGUACCUUAGAUUGUAAGCUCUGCUGGGGCAGGGACUGAUGGGAAUGAUGUUUAAUAAAGGCAUUCUCUGUAGUCUGAUAAAGCAGGAUGGUGCAAUAAUAAUGAUACCUUAAGUCAAGGUAAAAAACACGGUAGCUCCCGCUUACCAUUCUAAAUGCAAAUCCAUGCACCAUAAUAAAUAUAUGUAGCCUCACUUUAAGGCCUCAAGAAAAAGGAGGGGGUACAUAAUAACUGCACCCCUGUAAAUCAUUGGUUAAUUAUGGCUCCAAGUCCCUUAUUCAGUGUCAGUGCUUAAUUUAUUUGAUUCCUAUUUAUUUAAGGAAUUGCAUGUAUUGUAUGUAUAUAAUUGCUUUGCUCAAACCAAUAAAUCAUUCACAUGUA